AUGCUGCUCGCUCAUUUCGCAGCCCUCUUGGCUCUGGCCUGGCCGUGCUCGGCUGGUCCGAUUGCGCGCUCGCUUGCUCCGGGACAGGAAGCUGCAUCGUCCACUGUGCCGCUAGUCAUUAAUACGGUGUCUUCAACUUCUCUCACGGUAUCGGAAACGCCCGCUGCUCUUCAAAAGGACAGUGGGGAUGAUAGUGAUGAUGAUGGUGGAUUGACUGUCAUUCCUGUGACGCCCUCGUGGUUGUUGACGUCCUCUACCGCUGAGGCAUCCUCCACGGUAUCGUCGUCGUCAUCAGACCCUGCUACGUCGAGUACUACUUCUACCCAGGUGCUAGCAGGAAAUGCAAUUUCUUCGACAGCCAUCGAGCAGACGAGUUCAAUAGCACCGUCUUUUGCUACCUUCUCGACAUCAACUUCGACUUCAAGUCCUAGUUCCGUUGCUACGCAUCCAUCCGAAGUAGCUACUCCAUCAAUUUCUACUUCUUCAUCCAUCUCAUCUUCCACACCCGCCUCUACAUCUACGACGUCUUCUACUCCUACAUCCGCGGCUUCUCAGGUGCCCUCUGCUAUUUCUGUUUCAUCCUCGUCGCCUGCAAUUGCCGAAUCGUCGAGCUCAUUCCCUUUGGUCGUUACUAUAUCCUCUUCGAUAUCGGGAAUCUCGACAACAACAACAGAGACAUACCCUCUUUCAACCACAACACCGCGCAACUCGUCCAUGUCCGCAACCAGACCUGUGACUUCCAUCCCUGAACAGAGAAGCUCUGCGACUUCAUACUCUGUGCCUACUAUCCCUCACUCAUCAAGCAAGGUUGCUAGUUUAUCUCAAACUUCUCCAAGGCCACCGGCUUCUCAGUCGGUUAUUUCCAAAGAGACGGCCUCAUCCUCGAACUUGUCCAGAAUUUCUACAUACCAGUCCCCAAGCUCCCCAAGGACCACUGGUGUGCCUGAUUCAGCUCCUGUUGGAGCCUCUACCACAGACAGCAGUGAUUCACGACAACACAUCCCAGUCUACACAAACACUGGCUCUACUCGUUCCACACUUGGUGGCCUUGUUGCCACUCUUGGGGGAAGUAUCACAAAUUCGUUUGCAGCUGAUUCAGUCCAAUCAUCCGGUUUGAGUGGGCUGGCUUCUUCACAGCCGACAGACUCAAUAACGGCAUCUUCAAUCACUACGCUUGCUACUCCUGCCUCAUCAAUUACAGUAAUUACUCCCGGUGGUGCUCCGGAUGUGCAGACAACAAGCCCAAGUGUCGGGAUUGUUGGUCCUAUUUCAGAUUCAGCUUCUACCACCAGUCCCAGCGAGGCUCCGUCGACCACAGCGACACCUACAACGGUAGUGUCCAACAACCCCGUCAUCUCAGCAUCCUCGACAGUCCAAGCUCAGACUACUUCCUCUGAAGUAGCUGCAGCUUCGAUCGCUUCCUCUUCUAGGGCCGUUGUGACACAGCCAGUCAUCGUCUAUGUCUCUGAAGGAGCCACAUCCGCUUUCUCCACAUCCACCAUUACAGAGGCAACAUCCUCUGAUUCUGCGAUUGAGAUGACUCCCAUGCAGGCUAGCUCCACCCAGUCUGCCGAGAAUGCGUCUAGCACAACUGAGCCGGAAAUUACCCAGAUAUACACGAUCCACGCUACAGAGACGCAGAGUGUGACGGUCACCCAACCCGGCCCAACAAUUACCGUCACUGCUUCAACUUCCACAAUUGAGUCUCAUACAUCGACGAAUCCCCAUACUACCGCCGAGCCACAGACCACCCAGAUUGCAGAUCCCGCCCUCAAGGCCACGGCAACCAUUGGCAAUUCAGGCGACGACUCGGGCCUGUUGACGGUUAUCCCAGUCACACCUUCCUCCGGCAUCAUAUUCGUGACUCAUUUCGAGACCGUCACAUCCUGGAAAGAAACGAAAACCGAGACAGUGACGUCGUGGAAGGAGACUACUACCGAAACUGUGACGGCGACAACGACUGCGAUUCGCAUCCAGGUUGUUAGUUAG